ACCAAUGUCAGUACUCAGAUGAGGAUUGUGGUUGUACUGUAGAUGACAAGGCGUGCAACAUGCCAGAUACAAUGGCUUUAUGUAUGGGAAGGUCUCAGUGUAGACUGGAUGUAAUGCAACAAUAUAUUAACACAGACAGCUGUAGAGGAUUCAGCGACUACAUGUAUGUGGAAUUCAAAUGUGUCAGAGUGAAUGGUCAGGUACAGGAUAUCUGCCAGUCAACUAUGGCAGAACGGUCGGUGGGUUUCAUCCAAAGUCCUGAUUACCCAAGUAAAUACAGCAGCAACACGCUGUGUUCUUGCAACCUUACGUCGGAGAGUACUGUGUCUCUCAGCAUGUUGGAUGUUGCCAUGACGGAUGAUGCUGACGGAGGUUGUAAGAAUGACCGUGUUACAAUUGUCGCCAAUGGUCAGCGAUACAACCAUUGCGGCAUGGAGAGACCAUCCAAAGCACAGGCAAUCGCCAAAUCUAUCAACAUUGAAUUUGAAACUAACAAUGAAGAUGUCUCAAAUGGAUUCUGGCUCAAAUACCAAGCUGUGGAGCAGAACACAACGAUCAGUAUAUCAUGCCGCUCAACCUUCAAACCACCCCCUAGUACAACCUCAACAACAACUACUACCACUCCUGCUCCUACUACUACCACCAUUGCCCCUACCACAACUACUAUUGCUACCACCACUGAACAAAGCAAAGAUAAACCCACUCCAUCACUGAUUAAAAGUACACAUAAAGUCGAAUUCUCCUUCAACAAGGAUUUUAAUGUUGACAAAGUGAAGGAACAAUCAAACGUUAAAGACAGUAUUGAUGAAGAUUAUGAAUAUAAAACAAAUAUGCCAAGUUUCAAAAUGAAAACGCCUCCAUACCCUACUCAAAGAUGGAGUAGUUUUAGCCAUCUACUGCCAAAUGAAAGGUCCAAAUCUAGUGUCCUUCCUCCAAAUAUAUAUGCCAAGACAGUAAUGGAAAAGAUCCGUAAUACUCAUACCAAUCCCUAUACUAAGCCUAGCCCGAAAUUCAAUCAUGAAUUAAUUCCAAAGGAACUCCCCGGACAGAAAUACCAACAUAUUUACAGUAAUUUGAAUCCCGAUAGACACAUUUUCUCACCCCCUCGAAGAAAGCCACAACAGCCCCCAAGCAAUCAACCAAGCUUUGAAAAUUAUAACAAUCCACCUCUUCCAAGUCCACUUGCUCCACCUAUUGCCCCAAACCCGCACUUCGAUAGAGACCCAAAUUCUAAUGAAGAAUGUAUAUAUGUAGCACUACCAGGUGGCAUGGUGACGGUACAAUGUAAACCGAAAUCAAGACCACCUCCACGACAAAAGUCAAGAAAAGGGAUGUCGAAUUUAAAAUCAAAACAAAAUAACAGAAAGGCGAUGCAUGAGAACACAAUCAAGGACCAAUCAAGGGAAGAGGAUAUAACACGCACAAAAUGGCAUACAAAGAGCUUUGAAGAGGAAGAUAAAGAUACUGAAAUUGAUGAUGAAAAUGAAGAUCGGGAAAAUGUGAUCAAUAAUGAAACAGACAUUAUACAGAGUGAAAUCGAUGAAAAUAAAGAUGAGAUAAACGAAUUGGAAUUGAAAGAGGAGUUAACCAAUGAGAUUGCGGAGAUAGAAGACAGAGAGUCUAAUAAGAAGUCUAAGAAUUACAGUGGUCAGUUUGAGCAAGAUCCAAUAACUGGACAGAACCCAGGUGAAAACAGGCAGGAAUCACUGACAGUGACAAUUAUAGCAGCGUCUGUUAUAGGAAGCAUCCUGAUGAUUGUGGUACUUGGGAUCAUCAUAAGAUUUGUGGUAAACCGAGCGGACCCAAACCAGCAAGUACGAAGGAACCACAAGAAAGAAUGUGUCAUUCAUAAACACCCACAAAACAACAUGGCAUGAAUAAUGGAUAUAGCUACAAUAAAGACGGACCUCAAAUAAAUACCUGAAAUAACUUAUACUAUGACAUCGUAAAGAGAACGCGGGAAAAUGUUCAGUGUUGAAUCUAUCCCUUGUAUAUAGUUCAAUAGAUAAGGUAGAACGAUCUUCUGCUCAAGGAGAUCGAUUGAAUAAUAACAUUUAAUUAUAUGUACUGGCUACAUAAUUACACUAUUACAAAAGGACAUUAUUAUUGAUGACAUUUUCAAAAUUCAGUUAAUGUACAUAAAUAAAUAUAUAAUCUAUUGUAAAAAGAAUACUAGGUAGUAGGCAUUUGCCUAUAUUUAGUAUUUUACUGGAAAAAUAACAUAAUCGCAAUGUUAAAGAAACAUGUAUGCACGAAGUCCAUUAGUACUGAUAAAAAUUGUAAUUAAAUGUUGAGCUAUGUUCUAAGGCACGUUAAAACAAUCGAAAGUUUUAAUUAUUGAAUGGAAAUUGUUGGUGAGUUAGAGCAAGGUUGGUUGGGAGUAUUUCAGAUGUAUACAUCAAUACAAAUUGAAAAAUGUCAUUACUUUCAGCAUACCAGACUCAACUAAUUUUGG